CAAAUAUAAAUUUAUAUACAAGAGUGAACUCUUUAAGAAACGUUGCACAAACAAGAUGUACAUACUGGAACAGUAGGUCAGUUAUAACUCAGUAGGCUUUAGUCAUUUAGAAUUUAGUUUAGAGUCAGACUAAGAUGUAAUGUUCAACUAUUGCGUAUCUUCUUUGUAGUUUGUGGAGAAUGAUAUUACCAUUAUUACCGAUGUUAUUACGCUUCUUAACUUGUUACGUUGAUAACGUUUGUGAUGCGACUGAAUAUUUUUAUCAUUAUAGGGAGCGUGCAUGAACUGUAGGAGGCAGCACAGGAGCCGUCAGAUUUUUGGCGCGGGCGUAAAUGUGAUGUUUAUUGUUCCGAUGUAGCCCACAAGAUGGCAGAACCUACUAUGCACAAGAAAACACGUGACGUGUACAUGUGCAUGUUUAUGGUUCCGAUUCAGGCCACAAGAUGGCAGACCCUCCAACGCGCACGGUCCCUAUUUAGCAGAGUUUAAGUGAAAAUGGAGUCUGAUUCAGCGCUGCACGACGAAGUUCACGAUGGCGCGGAAGACUCUCCCUUGGAGGAAGCUCAAGCGACCGACGCAAAUGCCGACUACUCUGAAGACAAUGUUACUAGCCAAGAUUCGGAAGCAGCCACUACCGAAGAAUCAGCUACAAAUGGUGUCGCUCCAACUAGCAGUAGUGAUGCCUUGGAAGAGCCUGAAUCUGCUGUUGGUGAAGCAGAAGAUGAAAUCCAAGAUAAUGAUGAAGCAAGUGCUGAGGCUGAGCCAGAGGAAAUGGAUAUUGAUGAUACAGCUACUGGAACGGUGACAGAUGGUCCGGUUUACAUUGGAGAUAACUGCUUGUCUACACCCGCGGCAACAGAUGAUGGCUCUCCCCAAGAUGAAGAACAUCAGAUGGACACCCUGAAAGACCAAGGUGCAGAUGAGCUCGAAGGAACUGAAGCUCAAGAGGAAUCUCCUGAUCAGUCAAUUAGCUCAGCUACUCCAAUUGAAGGUGGAGUUGGGGAUGGGGAGGGUGAUGGUGAUGGUGCACAAAUGGUGCAAGAUGAUGAGUCCAGCACUAUGGAUGAAGACAUGGGAGCUUGUGAAGGUGUUGCCAGCAGUGAUGAUGUCAAUGACAUCAGCAGUGCUGCUCAGGAUGCAUUGAGUACAGGAAUAAGUUCAAGCACUGCUGAAGCUGGAUCGGACAUAACAAGCAGUGGUCAGACAGAGGCAGCACUGAUAUCCUCUACAGCAAAUGGACCAGCUGGGCUACUCCACUCUUUCUCCAUUGCAGCCCAACAGGCGCAUGCCAAUGAGUUCGGCGAUGCGGACACGUCGGAGAUGGAGGGUGCUGCGGACACGAUGCCGUCGGUCAGCGAGUCUAUGCCAUUGCUGACGAUGGCUUCGAAUGGCGCCGCGCUGCUUUCUCCCGGCUUGAUGCAAGGGGAAGAGGGCGGAGCAGGCGUGUCGUCGUCUCAGGCGGCUGAGAGCGCGGCGGCGGCCGGCGCGAGCGAGGGCGAGGGCGCCGUGAGCAGCUCCGUGGCCGGCAACAACGGCACGCCGCCGCUGCGGCCCGCCGACGCCGCGCACGCGCUCGCCACGCUGGCCAGCGCUGCGCUGCACCACCACGAACAGAAUGAAGCCGAUGAACCGAAACAAAUAAACGAUGAAGAUGCUUGGUUCACUGUGGGAAUCGUCAAAGGAACCACGUUUACGGUUCAAAACUAUUUGUCGGAUCCAAACGUGGAUUUGUCCAACUUGUCACUGGACAACUUGCCCGACCUGUCGGGUCUGCCAACGACGCCUCUCGAACACGGCACCGCCUACAAGUUCCGACUCGCGGCCAUCAACUCGUGCGGAAGGGGAGAAUUUAGUGAAGAAAGCGCAUUCAAGACCUGUUUACCGGGUUUCCCCGGGGCGCCGUCUGCUAUAAAGAUAUCCAAGUCCGUGGAGGGCGCUCACCUGUCGUGGGAGCCCCCGCAAGUGGCCGCCGAGGGCAUAUUCGAAUACUCAGUUUAUCUGGCAGUGCGCUCCAAUACUCAACCUAAGGAGGCAUCGAAGUCGCAACUGGCAUUCGUGCGCGUGUACUGCGGCAAGGCGAACACGUGCGUGGUGCCGCAGUCGUCGCUGAGCGCGGCGCACGUCGACUCCUCCACCAAGCCCGCCAUCAUCUUCCGCAUCGCCGCGCGCAACGAGAAGGGCUACGGGCCCGCCACGCAAGUCAGGUGGCUGCAAGAUAUGAAGUCAACGGGAGUAAAAAGGUCAGGCGAGGGCCGGUUACCCGGCGCGUCGCCAUCCAAACAGCCUAAACAAAUAAUGCACUAAACAACUCGAGUGACUAAAUCAAAGUAUCCCUAGAUUUAAGUAGCUAUAUGUACAGACUGAGUGAAUAUUGUUCGAUCCAUCUUUCCGAAACAUGAAAUCUCGUUCUAAAAAUCAUAAUAGCUCUUGAGGUUUUGAGUUCUUUUAUAAUUUGGUUCACCAUUCCUUUCUAAAGCCUGACCAGAAAUAUAUGAUGAUUGUCAAGAGGGCGCUGUUAUUCUCAUGAAUAAAUAUUUUAAAUAAAUAAAUAUUAUACGACAUUAUUACACCAAUUGACUAAGUCCCACAGUAAGCUCAAUAAGGCUUGUGUUGAGGGUACUUAGACAACGAUAUAUAUAAUAUAAUAAUAUAUAAAUAUUUAUAAAUACUUAAAUACAUAGAAAACACCCAUGACUCAGGAACAAAUAUCCAUGCUUAUCACACGAAUAAAUGCCCUUACCAGGAUUUGAACCCGGGACCAUCAGCUUCGUACGCAGGGUCAAACCGGUCGUCAAACAUGUAUAGGGUGACAGUUCAGUUAAGUAUUAAAAAUGUAGUUCAAAUGAAAUUCCGCAAUAUAGCGCGUGAUCAUAUAUUACUGGUCAAGCUUAAUUAUGCUAGAGCCUUCAAAGGAAGGCGUAAUAAAAUAAGUUAAUGUAUUCGACUUUUUACUUUAGAUUAGUUUGACUGUUUAUAUCUGCAUUGCAAAUUACAUGACUUUACAAAUGGUUUAAGUGUAUUCUAUGAAUAUGAUUUUAUAUCGUUUUAGUUGAUGGUGCAGCUCAUAAAAUACGGCGUUGCGUGAAAUAAAGAUUUACUUUUGCAGGAUUGUUUCUAAAGGUUCAAGGAUGGAUUUAAGUAGAGGAGCCACCGAGAAUCUUGACGUAAUUUGGAAGUUGGUCUCAACUUUAUCUUGAUAUCUAUAUCAUUUAAGCUACUAGGGUAAGUGUGGUAUCGUUUUCGUAUAAAUCGUGGAUGCCAAAUUCAUUUAUGGUACAUAUCAUAUUGACACCAUUCCGAAGUAAAAACAUA